AUGUGUUAUCCGAUCCUUAGAGGGAAUCUCCGUGUAAGGGACAUCCAGCAUCUUGCCAAUUUUUCAAAAGCAAUUCUCAGAUCUUUGGCACCUGACGUCCUAGUCCACGACAAGAGAUACGUUCUUCCUGGGGGUGGUUUCAACGGCCUGAGCUUGCACUUAUUACAAUUGGCAAUCGAGCUGGUAUUAUUUCUCGCAUGUAGCAGGAUCAUACAACAUCCAGACACCCCAACCCAUAUCCCUAAUUACCACGUUCUCACAUGCGCUCAACAAAAAACUCGUAACCCUCGUUUAUUUUUUUAA